UUUCCCAUAUUCUACGCAGUCAUUGUUGGAAUUCCUCAGGGAUCAGGGUGGCGCUGCGAUUGAUUUUUGCGGUUCUCUGAAGUCUAAACGGCGCGCGUUUCGGCCUUCGAUGAUCUAGAGGGCUUUGAAAAUGAUCAGCGCGCGACGACGACGUCGGAGGUCUUUACUGCGCGGGAAAGGGGGCGAGAGGGCAGAGCAACAGAUCGUGGCGCGCGCUGUGGUGUGUGUCGGUCGGUCGGUCGGUCGGUCGGUACCUCGCCGCCAUGCUAGUGGUUAGUUUAGUGAAUCAAACAUCAUGAUGUGGCAAAACGUUUGCACAAGUUAAAAUUAAUAAACAAAUGUCGCGUAUCGGCGCGACUCGUCGUUAUGUUACGUAUAAUAACGUUCGAUAAACGCAAAUACAAUAACCGCGAUUAGUACAAAACCAACGACAUCCCCCCCGCAAGCGCAAGGUUCAAUUAAUCUCGAUGUAAAUUUAUAAAAGCCAAACGAAACGUUACGUAUAUUUUUUAUUAAUUUUUCCUUAUUAUUUUGCAUUUUUUUCUGUCCUCCAAUCGUCAUUUCAUAGCUCUUAAGUGAAACACGAUACAGAUCGUCGUUAUAUCGUAUGCUCAACUCAUAAAACGGGUACACAACACACACGAUGCUGGAUCCGAGCGUACUAACAGACUUAGAGGAGUUGACGCUGUGUAGUUAUUGCAAGCAGAAAUUUAACGACGCCGAACAAUGCCCAAAGUACCUGAGCUGCAAACAUCACUUUUGCUUACGAUGUAUAGAACAUAAUCUGCUCAAAGGUAGAGAACUAUUUUGUGCUCACUGUUGGAAACGGACCGAACUCGGAGACCAAGGACCUGAUGCUCUGCCCACUCAUUCCCCUCUACUCGCUCUUGCCAAUAACUUCUCGCAUCUAAAAAUUACCUCCAAUAAUACCAACAACAAAAUCGUGGACAAGGAAAGAAAGAGCGAAAAUUGCCACACACAUGGGAUGCCGUUAGCGCUGUGGUGUGCAACAUGUUGCUCAGCAUUAUGUCGAGCAUGUGCCACACCUCAGGAACAUCCCGGGCACCAGAUAAAGUCACAUACAGAUGCCAAAGACCAACUUAUAUCUGACGUUCAACACGAAUUGGUAGCAAUGGGAAAGCUAUCAACUGAGAUUCAGAGACUGGUAAUGCAACAGCGAGAGUUUUUGAUAAAAGUGUUAGAGGCUUGCGUGACCCUGAAGACCCAUGUAGAGACUGACUUGCAAAAUGGAUGGAGUCACUUCCCAGAGAUCACAGAUGCCCGAGAAACGCUGGGCAAAGCAAAGGCUAGUUUACAAAUGGUCGAGAACCCUGGUGAUAUUUUUAAUUUACACACACAGCUGAUACUGGAGAAACAAAGGCUACAGGCAAAGUAUCAGGAGAUGACACUACAAUGUCAACUGGAUGAUCUCAUUGGUAAUUCGGGUGUAGUCUUUGACUUCACGCUGCUGAAACAAGCCCUGGCUAGCAUUCACACAGGGGAACCGGUCAUACCACAGCCACCCGGGGGAACUGGAAGGCUACAGGGGAAUCAUGCAGCCACUCAAAACCCCAUAUUAUUUCUAGCGAAUUACUGUAUGUCUCAGUUAUAUUCGAGGCAUAUGGCGAACAAGCAACACGUUCAAAACGGGGCUAUCGACUUCCAUUCGAACAUGAUGCCACCACCUCCUCCCCCGCUGCAUAUUCAUCAAGGUCCUCCACCCCCACCGCAAUUAAUAAUACCCGCUGGAUCUCCGUCCAUCAAACCAGCUCCACCAAAUGUGAUGCUACAUUCCCAACAACAGCCAGCAUUUAUCACAGAAGUCGGCGCUGGCAAUGGUGCUCUGGUUGCAAUUCAUUCUCCACCGCAACCACCGAUACCACCCACUUUGAGAAGUCAACCGAACCCAUACCCCCUCUAUUAUUUCAAUAUCGACGUUAACGGCGCUCCCCAAGGUCGGAUUGUGAUAGAAGUUAGGCCAGACGCAGCGCCAAAAAUGGCAAAGAACUUCAGCGUGUUAGCAACAGGAGAAAUUGGGGUUGGGUAUAAAGGGUGUACGAUAUUCCAGUGCUGGGAAGGAGAAUCCGUAAUCACAGGAGACUUUGAACUGAAUAACGGGCGUGGAGGUAGAAGUAUAUUCGAAGAUGGAUUUUUCAUGCCUGACGAUACAAAGUUUCCAGCUGUCAGAGGGGCCGUAGGUAUGCGGCGAACGCAGAAGCGACGAGACAAUUUGGGUAUGGUUGGCUCGCAAUUUCGAAUUAUUUUACAAGAGAUGAGAGGAUUUACAGGGAUUUUUGGCCACGUGGUAGAGGGGUUGGAUUUAGUAGAAAAGAUUUCUACGUACGGCGAUCAGACUGGUAAACCGACUAAGACCAUUCUGAUAACGAAAUCUGGAAAACUCUAACGAACACGUGAGUGCAACGAUAUCUAAGUCUACAUUUUCAAGUUAGAGAAAUAGGUAAACGGCAACAAUAAGAGAACGCGAAAGGUAAUACGUGAUUGCCGUAUCGUUGUAAAAUACGUUAAUCGUAAAAGUUGCACCUUCCGUGCUCUGUAUGUUAAGUCACAACUUAAUUACUAUUAACAAUAAAAUCUAAAGAUGUUGAAUCUAUUUUUAAACUUCGACGCAUAAAUGAAUCCAUAUUUUGCUAUUGAUGGGGAUUUAACAAGGUUCUAUAUUAUCUAUGAUGGAUCGAUACAUACGUACCUCAAAAUUGAUCGUAAUAUCAAUACAAAUAACUAGCUAGCUAUAUAAAUGUAUGGUAUUUAUUUAAGAGGUUCGUCAUUUAUUUUGUCUAUCGAAAUAUUAUUACUAGAUAAUAAUUUCUCCACGAUCAUAGGUAGCAUGCUAUUUAAUACCGCACGGUCGACGGAAGUAAUACCUUAGGUCUUACGAUUAGGAGUUAGAUUUUAGACGAAAAUCAUGUUUUAAACAGGAUGAUGAUGUAUUUUCGGAUGUGGACUAGUUUUUGGCCAAGAGAUGUUAAGUCAGUUUUUAGAAUUGACAUGAAAUGUACAGUUUAUAUGCAGAACCUAUCCCAAAGGGACCUACGAUCAUCGGAAAACCCGUUAUUGUGUAACGUACGAACGAAUAGAAAAAAUUAUACACAAACGAUGUGUAUUUAUAUUUUAGGUCGAUUUUAUUUUUAGGCUUUAGUUUAGAAAUAUAUAUACCCCCGCCUCUCGUUCCGUGUUAAAAUUAGUGCGCCAUCAUAAACGAAAUUGUAUUGAAAAUUAGAUCUCAAGAUAUACAAUAUAUAUAUACAAGAAGGCCUAAUUAUAAUAUAGUUUAUAGAAUAUAUAUUGGACGUUUAUCCUAAUUUCUGGUCGAAAUCGAAUGAAAAUGAGCGAAAAUAUAUACAUAUGUAUAUUUAUAUAUAUCAAACGAAUCAUUCCUUGAGCUAUAUAUCGAAUACUACGAAUAUACCUAUUGUAAUGUUAUUGUAAUCGUGAAAAUCCUGUCGUUAUGUAUUGUAUAUAUAUAUGAUAUAUAUCUAUAUCAUUACUAUAAAUAUUAUAAAUCUGCUCGUCCUCGUUGUCGUCGCGAAUGCCUUUCCGAAAACCUUAAUCGAUGUUGAACUUGAAAGUUUUAACUCUUGUUAAUUAGCUAAGAAAAGAAUAUAACACGUGUAUGUACCGCAUUACGAUAAAUUGUAGUAUAGUUAAUGAUAUCCUUUGAAGAGUUGGCCACGUCGAAUCUCUUCCUCGUUUCAGUUUAAAAAUAAACAAUAAUAAUAAAAAUAAUAAUAUACAACACCUAUCAGGCUCGAUAUGCCUGAAAUGUUAAAUUAAGCGAAGCAAGUGACCAAUAUGUACACUAUGCAUUACGCACCUCUACAUAUACCAUUGCUGUAAGUGUGGUAUAUGGGUGAAUAAAUGACAUAUUUUUAUGAAUGUGACGAGGCAUUAACGUAUAGCUUGUACCACUACGAAUAUCAAAAACCGUCGAACUAUCUCUGCCUUCGUCUUUGGUCGAAAAAUGAUAUCUUGUAAAUUAUUGAAUUUGUUUUCCCCUCAGAUAAAUACAUAUUAAAGGUAUAUACAUGUUAGUUAAAAUGCCGACUAUGGAAACAUGUAAUAGUGGAUAACUUUUCGUUGGUUAAUCCUACACCGGGUGAUUGUAAUAACUACAGAAAAUGAACCAAACCAAUUGCUAUUGAAAUAACUGUAUAUGUGUGUAAGGUAAACGAUUAUUACCUGAAUUGAUGUACUUCUAAAUAACUAUUUUAGAGUUAUAAACUGUUAUCCCUCAAA